AUGGAUAUGCGUAACGUGCUUAAUCGCUUGGCGACAUUCAGAGAUUCCAACUGGGACUGUACGUUCCUUCCUCCUACGUAUCUAGCGUUAUCCGGCCUGUUUUACCGAGGAAACGGGGAUGAAGUGCAAUGCGCGUUUUGCGACGGGGUUAUGAGCGGAUGGAGUCGAGUUCGGAGUCCAAGACGAAACCACCAGCAGCUCUUUCCCAACUGUCCAAUGUCAAAGAGGUUGCCACAACCCAUUUCCGCAGAGGAUUUCGGUGAAGAUGUAGUGGAGGUGUACGCAACAACAUCAGUCCCUAUCCCCGGGUUUCACCACUACCAAGUGCGCUUUCCCACAAUGAUGGAAUACAAAGCUCGGUUCUCUACUUUUUCCGAAUGGCCGGAAUCCAAAGCUCAACAUCCUCGAGUCAUGGCCCAGGCAGGAUUCUUUUACACGGGCACCAGUGACCUUGUACAAUGCUUUCACUGUGGUCGAGAGCUUGAGAGAUGGGUGACUGAGGAUGGUGCAUGGGAAGAGCAUGCUAGAGCAUCGCCGAUGUGCCCGUUCGUUAUUGCUCAAAAGGGAGAACAUUUUGUCUAUGAAGUCCAGAACAGGCAGGCAAUGGAAUCGGCAAAAGUUUGCGAAAAAGCAGCGCUAGCAUACGCGGCAAGAAAAACUGAUAAUGACCCCAUGGAAAAAGUGCGGUGCAAAGUCUGUUUGGAUAAAGAAGUUCAAGUUCUUUUUCGACCAUGUAAUCAUCUGGUGUGCUGUCACACUUGUUCCGAUAGAUUAAUACAGUGUCCGUCAGAUUUCAAAGAAAAAAAAGAAAAGUAA